GCAAAAAAGGGGCGCGCGAGUUUCGCUGAGCAGAGGGCGGGGGACAGAAAAGAUUCAGCAGAGAGGUGAGGGCGCGCGAAGUGUGCAGGGUGCCCGCUGGAGCAGGGAGCACCAGGCCCACCAGGAUGGAAACUGAAUACCUGAAGAGGUGUUUUGGGAAUUGCCUGGCCCAGGCACUGGCAGAGGUGGCAAAGAUUCAGCCCAGUGACCCCAUCGAGUAUCUGGCUCACUGGCUUUAUCAUUACAGGAAAACAGCGAAAGCGAAAGAAAAGGAAAGGCAAGAGAAGAUCCAGCUGCAGCAAGAGUAUGAUAAUAGCCUCGAAGAAACCAAAAUGGCAGAAAUGCUGAAGCAGGAAGAGUACGAGAUUCAGCAGAAGUAUGAAAGGUGUCACCAGGAAAACCCACCACCAUCGUCAUGCGACUGAAGCUAGAAACCUGGCAGCCAUCGUGGAUUUCCCCUGCCUCCACCCUCCUCAUCUUAUUCAGUAACCAAAUUCUCGAGUUUACUUUAAAAUUUUUUCUUGCAUCACAUGAGGCAGUACAGGGUAGUGGUUAAACACCAAGAGUCUAGAAUACUAGAAAGGCAGAUCCCAGCAGUAAACUGAAUUAUUGUCUGUAACACAUUUCUACCUCUCUUAUCUGAAAACAAGAAAGAAUUUUCCAUAGAAAUAUCAUUCUAAGUGAUACUAGGUUACUGGGCUAGCCUAUAGCAGCCUGUUCAGACCAUAAUGUUUAUGAAUGGUGGUCAGGACUCCCACUCUCUGGGGCUCUGUGGAGAGCCCAUUUCCAGCUCAGACCUGGGCUAGCCAUCCACACCUGUGAGCAAAGAGGGGACACCACAGUAGCAGUGGGCUCCCAAGUUCUGAGCAUUUUCCUUAAUCCUGGCAUAUGUGGGGUCCUAUAUGUGGCAGCGUUGGAUUGAUUUCUAUGUGUGAGUGAUGGGGAAGGCCAGUGGAAGCGCUUAUCCACCCUUGAGAGGGUAGUAGUGUGAUAGACUUUGAUAGACUUGAGCUGCCCACGCUAAGGCCUGGCCUUAUGGUUGGAGAAGACAAGGCCAUGAGGGCAGCAGCUCUGGCUGGAGCAGGGCUGGCUUCAUGCAUGUGCAACCUGUAAAGUCACACAGGAACCACAUUUGGAAAGGCUGCACCCUUGGUUUGAUGCACUGCUGUCACCAUCUUGACGUACAAAAGUUUGAA